GCGGGAUUCAGCCUGAAUGCAAAGUGCGUCAUCGAAGAGACCUGCUCACGGGGAUAAUCUUCUCCGUCCAUUAGAUAAAAACAGACCGAUUCAGUUUUCCGAUUUAAAAUGGUGAAGAUAGCUUUUAGUUCUGCUCUAGCUCAGAAGGCGCUGGGAAAGGAGCUGCCAGUGUCCGAGAAGGACCCUGAGCUAGCUUCUGCGUCGAGGAGCAAUGAGGGCUCCACAGGUCGUUGUCUUCUAACGCUGCUUGGCCUAGCCUUCAUCCUUAGUGGACUCAUCGUUGGAGGAGCCUGUCUCUAUCGCUACUUCACCCCCAAGAGACUGUAUCAUGGGGCGAUGCAGUUCAGUGACGUGUCCAGCGGCGCAACGGAGGAGAGCCAGCCGUACUACCUGCCGCUGGUGGAGGAAGAAGUGGAGAUAUCUGACAACAUGGCCGUCAUCAGCGUCCCCCCGCCUCGCUUCAGGCCCGGAGACCCUGCUUACAUCCUGCAUGACUUCAACAGGAAGCUGACGGCGUACCUUGACCUGACCCUGAGGACCUGCUUUGUGAUCCCCCUCAACACCUCUGUGGUGCUGCCCCCCCAAGACCUCAUGGACCUCUUCAUGCAGCUCAUGUCUGGUUCUUACCGGAGCUACCUGGUUCAGGAGGACCUGGUGGUGACGGAGCGUGUUGACAAUGUAAAAGCUCUGGGCCACUACAUCCGCCGCCUGUGUGAGGGCAAGGACACCUACAGGAUGCAGCGCCGCAGUGAGCUCCCAGGGGGAGGCAUGCAGAAGCGCUCCGUGGAAGAGUGUUUCACCAUCCACCACUUUGAGAACAAAUUUGUGACGGAGACCAGAAUCUGCAAGGCCUGAAGGGGAGGAGGUAGGAGGGGAGAGACUGACCAGAGGUCCCUGAAGGGAGGAGAGAACGAGAGGCAGAGAGAGCAAUAGAGGGAGAGAAGGCUGUCUUCCAACUCUUGCAGCAGUGGUGUUGGCAGAGAGAUAUUUUUGUACAAAUCUAACUUGUAGAUCAUGCUUCUCUUGCUUUUGUUCCUGUGAACAGUGAUUAUCCUACAAGUUACUGUGCAGCUUUAUGCCCGACCCCCUCUGGUUCUUUCCAUAUACUGUUAUCACCUUUAACCCCUAGAGGGUCGUAAUAACCGCCGCCCCCUCUGGUUCCUAAACUAGUACUACUAACUGAGUUAGUACUGAGGUAGAUCCUUUUGAGUUAGUACUAAGUUAUUACUGAGUAAAUAUUUGUCCCCUUUUUCAUCUCGCUAACUGAUGUAAAACUCAUGUCUCUGCUGUAUUUCUGUUUGUGUGGAUACUGUAACAUGACCUCUCAUGUGAGUCGUUCAGCGUCAUCCCCCUCAGCCACAAAAGUUUAUGAUGUACUGUUGCUCAACAGUAUAGGGACAAGCUGUUACCCGGUUGGACAAAGUCCCCACAAUGUUGUCAAGUAAUUCAUAUCAAACAUGCCUGUCUGUGUUGGACUGCUGUUUACCUUGUUAACUCAUUGAGAUGUUGCACUCCUAACCAAACUAAGACCCACGUAUAGUUACAUUUUGCUGACCCCUUAGUAAUCCUGCUGUAGACAUUACCCAGAGUGCCCUGCUGCUCCCCUGGGGUCUCCCACCCCCAUGCUGUGGUUGGUUGUUUUCUAUCUGGUUGUGGUGUUGUUCCCUUAAAGAGUUUCAGAUUAGUGUCCUACAAAAAUACAGUAUUUGUGUUUGUAUAGAUCCCUUUUUAGUUAACUAAUCGCUGUCGCUUAGAGAGACAAUCAGACAGGAGACCGGAAGUGUGUAUGGAGUUCUGUACUGUGUGUGUGUGUGUGUGGUUCAGAUGCACAAGCACUGGGAGAUGUCUGUCUUGAACAACGAGUAGAGAGUACUGUGGCAAUGUUGUUAGAGUGACGCUCACUUUGUAUUUGGUUGUCAAAUAAAGAUGAAUUUCGUUACCUACC